GCGGAAAGUACUUUAUCAACUACAACCACAGUCACAUCUACGACUCACGAGCCGACAACAGAGAGUACGACCCUAUCGACUGCUUCAACAACUACGAGCACCACCGCAGCAACAACACAAACAACCACAACUCGGGCUCCUACCACCACCACCAGUCCUCCAACGACCACCUCAACUACCAUUCCCACUACCACCUCAACUACCAUUCCCACUACCACCUCUACAAGCACCAGCAGGAGCACCACAACGCCAACACCGACCACAACAUCACAAUCCGUUUUGAGUGUUGCGUCGAGGAUUGACGCGCUUCAUAAACCGCCAAAAGAACCGAUAAUGUUCGACAUUUUCCAUAAUGGACAACCAGUUGAAGCGGUCGUUGUCGGAAGUCGAAUCACACUCAGCUUCACGCCCUUCUACGCUAUUCCACCGAAGUAUAUGAGCAUUUCGGGUUGUCAAGUAGAACCAAUUGGCUCGCUGUAUGAGUGGGAACGUGAACCACUGGCGAUAAUCAAAGAAGGUUGUCAAGCAGAUCACGUUGGUUUGGUGUGCCCUCCACAGAAAACCGAUUAUGGGAUUCGAGUAACAGUCGAAUCGUUCCGUUAUCAGACCACCGCUCAAGUUCAGUACACAUGUCUUAUACGUGUGUGUCCAUUUGCGCCAUGUCCUGUGGUUAGUUGC